GUCAGAGCAAGUGGGCCGAGAACCAAAACCGCUGUUUCCACCCGGACAUCCAUCUGUGGAGCCGGGCGGUGCUGCGCUGUCCGUGGUGCUGAAAUCAGCGGGUGACGCUGUUUCACACGUGAGAAUCUAAGUGACCCCACAAAGAGUCUCAGCUGGUGGAGCGUCUGGAACUCAUGCUGAACAAGACGAGCGGUGCGUAAUCCUGCGCCAAGCGCGUGGAUGAGUUCAGCUCGGGCCAUAACAACACAAGUUGUAGAAAAACGUUCUUAAACGUCAUCAGUCACCAAUGAACAACGUUUUAAUAGAAUAUUAGAGUGACUCUGGUUGCGUUUGUUCGACGCCUGCGCAUUGGGGACUACAUUUUGCAACUUGUAAAUUGAGCAGAGGAGCAGGUGGGAGGAGGAGGAGGAGGAGGAGGGAGGCUGAAAGAGGAGGAGGAUGAGGAGGGGAGGAAGAAGGGGGACGCCGGGAGGCGCUGCCGGUGUGAGCUGCUCAGUCUGGUGAGGGAGAGCAGAGGAGCUGAGUAGCUGUCCGCUCCCCGGCGUUCAUGUCAGGGGCCACUGCGAGCUGCGUGCAGGGAGGAGGAUGAUGACCAUGAACGGCAAGCAGCAUUUCUCCAUGCACCCGGCUCUGCACGAGCCCAAGUAUCCCGGCCUGCACUCAGGCUCGGAGGGCAUGCGCAGAGUCUGUCUGCCCGCCCCGCAGCUGCAGGGCAAUAUAUUCGGAGGCUUUGAUGAGAGCCUGCUGGCACGGGCGGAGGCUCUGGCGGCUGCUGACAGCAUUGUCUCUCACGGCAAGAGUCACCCGUUCAAACCAGACGUGACUUACCAUACCAUGAGCAGUGUCCCCUGCACCUCAGCCUCCUCCUCUUCCUCCACCACCGUGCCCGUCUCCCACAUCCCCUCCACCAUCGCCUCCCACCAUCACCACCACCACCACCACCUCGGGCAGACUCUGGAGGCCGGGGACCUCCUGGACCACCUCUCCACCAGCCUGGCCGUGACCGGGAUGGGCGCUCCGGAGCCUCCCGGGAUGACCACGGCGGCGCACCACCACCAGCACCCUCACCACCACCUGCAGACCAUGGGGCAGCUGCACCAGGCGAUGGCCACCAUGGCGCACCCUCACUCCCUGUCGGUGCACGGCGGCAUGGCGUGCGUCAACGACGUGGAGUCGGAUCCGAGGGAGCUGGAAGCGUUCGCCGAGCGCUUCAAGCAGAGGAGGAUCAAACUCGGGGUGACCCAGGCGGACGUCGGGUCGGCGCUGGCCAACCUCAAGAUCCCAGGAGUGGGGUCUCUGAGCCAGAGCACCAUCUGCAGGUUCGAGUCCCUCACCUUGUCCCACAACAACAUGAUCGCGCUGAAGCCGGUCCUCCAGGCCUGGCUGGAGGAGGCGGAGGCUGCGUACCGGGAGAAAAGCAGCAAGCCGGACCUUUUCAACGGGAACGAGAGGAAAAGAAAGCGCACGUCCAUCGCCGCGCCGGAGAAGCGCUCUUUGGAGGCGUACUUUGCCAUCCAGCCGCGGCCCUCCUCGGAAAAAAUCGCGGCCAUCGCCGAAAAACUGGACCUGAAAAAGAACGUGGUUCGAGUGUGGUUUUGCAACCAGCGGCAAAAACAGAAACGAAUGAAAUACUCUGCGGUGCACUGACUUUCACACAUCAUGAAUAAAAUAGCCUACUACAUUUUUGAUCGAGUGAUUAAUAAUAGCCUCAGUAACUAACGAACAGGGAUUAUCAGCAGCUCCUCACGUCUCCUCUGGAUUAUCUCCAAAAACACUCCGCUGUCACUCACUCUGCUGGCGCGCUUUUUCCCUCCCUCUCCAACUUUUCUUCAUGAACAUGUGGACUUCUAAAUGAUUGUGUUGAUGUUGUCGAUCACUGUAUGUUGAACACUAAAUACGAACCUUCCCGCCCUGACAGUUUGUCACAUUCAGGGACGUUAAACGCACCUUUAAAAAAAUAACAAAAAACAAAAAACAAAAAAACAAAAAGAGAGUUUGGAGGUGAAGGAGAAGAUGAUUUCAUGGAAAGAUAACUGAUUUUUUUUUUCUUCUUCUCUGUUCUGUUGGUUGAGAUCAGAGUUUGUAUCUCCACGUCACUGGCUCACCUGUGCAGAAGUUCACAUCACACCUUUAACUGUCUCCACUUCUUUAUGUUUCAUUCCAUCUGUGAAUGUGAGUUCAUGCGAGAGGUUCAAACCACCUUUUUAUUUAUUCAUUUCUAUAUGUAUCUGUUUAUUUAUCUAUCUGUUUAUUU